CAAUACCAACUAUAACAUUGAACAGCUGUUCAAGACGAUCACAAACAACCAGUUUGACAAGGUCUAAAUCAUAUUUUUUUAACACGCUUAUUUUAUACAAAUAUAAAACCUCCACCUCUUAACUAAGAACGGGUACUUCUAUUUCUAUCAACAUAAUCCCCAGAAAAACCUAAUUACGUAUCAGUUAUAUCAGCUUAUAUAGCCACGUUUCACAUAAAACGAAAAAAUCUAAAUUAAAACAUGAAAAUUUUCAUUAUAGUAAAUUAAUUUUAGUAGGUAUACCUCGUAAAUUUUGGUACAAUUCAUACAACUUUUUUAUUUAUAAUUAAUACAAUAAAUAUUAUUUAAACAGUAUUUACAUUAAGUUUGAAAUAGUAUCCUUGUGGUAAUAAACUAGUUUUUUGGACACAAGGUACUGUCUACUAUUGAAAUAUUUAAUAACCCAUCUUAAAUAUUCACUCUUUAGCUUUUCUAACAAUUUAGAAAGUAAACUAGUUAUAUGAUCUCUUUGAGCAGCUGAGAAAUCUUUGCACAGAAAUAACAGCAAUAUCUGAAUUCAAUUCAAAUUGGUCGCGAUACUGAAUUUACCAAGUCGUUUACACCCUUUAAAAUUAAUUGAAGGAGCCAUACCAAAGUUAACAUUACUGCUGUGAAAUUUUAAAACAUGAUUGACAAGGAUGUAAUAGUCGGUUGUAAUCGAAAUUAUGACCAAAAAGCGUUACUAGCACAAUUAUUUGCUGUUAUAACUCAAAGUUUGCUGCUUGUUAAUUUGGGAAUGGAAAUAAUGAUGCCUACGCUGGUACUUGGUGAAUUGUAUAAAAAUAGUAACAUUGGCUUUUCUUUAACUGAUACUGAAGCCUCUUGGUAUGGAAGUAUUUUGUUUGUCUGUCAACCACCCGGUAGCUUCAUCGCAGGAUUUUUACAAGAGAAGAUUGGAAGAAAACGCUGUAUGAUUCUAGCAAUCGUUCCCAGUUUUAUCGGCUGGAUACUGCUGUACUUCUGUUACUCUUCUACGAUGCUCUUUAUAGCUACAGUGUCGAUGGGGUUAGGCAUAGGGUUUUGCGAGGCACCUGUUUUCUCUUAUAUUGGAGAGGUAACAGAGCCUAGACUCAGAGGACAAAUGUCUUCAUUGGCUAGCGCCGGAGUCAUGUUUGGCGCCAUAAUAAACUCCUCAUUGGGAUUCUUUUUUGGUUCAAGAAUUACAGCAUUAAUAAGCUUAAUAAUUCCAAUAAGUUGCGUUUGUCUUAUUUGUAUGAUACCAGAAUCACCAAUAUGGUUUUUGACCAAAGGUCGAACUGAAGAUGCUAGAAAAUCAUUAUGCUGGUUAAGAGGUUGGGUUUAUCCUUCAGAAAUUGAAGAAGAAUUCAAUGAAAUAGUCCGUUACGUCGAGUUAUCUGGAAAUAAAAAUGAAAAUAAAAUUCAAAACGACGUCAAGAUGACCUCGAAAAUAGCGAUGUUUAAAAAUCCCAUGGUUUAUAGACCAUUAAGAAUGCUGCUAUUAUUUUUUAUGUUCUCUCAAUUACUCAGUAUUAUCCCUGUCAGACCAUAUAUAAUGAAUUUAUUGACUGAAGUUGGUUUAGGGAAAAAUCAAACCUUAAUAGUGAUGUUUUUGUCAAUAUCACAAAUCAUUCCAUGUAUCAUGACGACUAUGCUUGUUAAAAUAGUUGGAAAACGAUUUUUAGCAUUAUUUGCAUUGUCAGCAAACACAAUGAUCUUAUUAGCAUUUGGCGUCUACCUGAUAUUAAUAAAAGCUGGAAUAUUUACAAGCAUUCCAUGGAUAUUCUUUUUGUUGAUAUUCGCCAUUUAUUUUUUCGCUUAUACCUUAAUAGCUGUACCGUGGAUGGUGAUCAGUGAAAUAUAUCCAAAUAAUGUUCGAAGUGUUGCAACUGGAAUAUCAUCAGCGUUUUCCUACAUUUUAAUGUUUUUAUGGGCAAAGUCAUAUCUAAGUAUUGAAGAAUUUUUAUCUCUUGAAUAUACUAUGAUUUUAUUUGGUUCAAUUGGAAUAAUUGGAAUAUUUUACUUAUAUUUCAAUUUACCGGAAACAGAAAAUAAAACUUUAAUGGAAAUUGAAGACUAUUUUAUUUCAAAGAAAAAAAAUCAUUCAAUAAAUGACGAUAUAAAAAUGUAAUGAAAUCAACGUGAAUAUUUUAGUAAUUUAUCAUUAUAAACUAUUACUGUAAUGUUAAGUAAAUUUUUUGUAUUGUGUAUUUUAUGAUGUUAAAAAAUAGACUAAAGGCAAUUUAUACAUUGAAAAAUUAUAUUAUUAGUUAAACUUUUUUAUUAAUUUAUAAUUUUAGAUAACUAUUUACAAACUAAAAGUGUAAGUCAUAUUCCUUAUUUACUUGAUACGUACAAUGACCACCUAAUUUUACUUUAUGUAUUUUAUACUUUGACUUGUGUUUUAGUUAAAUUAAUUUUGCUAAAUGUAAAACAAUUAUUUUAGAUUAAAUUUUUUAUAAAUGUUUUUAAUUGAUUUAUUAAUAUUUGAAUAUGCAAUUUUUAAUAAAAGAAAUA